AACCUACAACCUCAUGGUUCCUAGUCGGAUUUGUUUCUGCUGCACCAUGACGGUAACUCCUAAUGCAAAAUUUUAAAGACUCUUUGCAUCUGGUUUAGUAGAAGACUAGUUUAUCCCAGACUUGUCCCAUGCAUAAGGCAAGUAAGCAAAUCCUGGAACAUGUGUCCUUUGGCUGCAUAUUUAUUGGUGUUACUUAACCCUCCCUGCUAUCCUGGAUUGACCUACAAAAUCUUAUUCAUCUUUUUUGGAAUAUUUUCCCACUGAAAUAGGCCUAUCGCUGUUGAUGUCCAUUUUAUGAUGAUACAAACCCUGGUGGUCACUAGAACCUUGCAAAUCCUCUUAUGUAAACCCCCCCACUCGUUUCAGUGCAAAAAAAUCCUUCACACCAGGAAGAGGAGUAACAGUGGUUAAAAUUCUCCAUUUAGAAGAAGCCAGAAAGCUUUUAUAAAACUAUUAAUCAUGAUUCAACUUAACUACUUAGAGGAAGAAAAAUAAACCUACAUUUUUUUUUAAGGAGAAAGAAAAACAAAAAAAUAACAUCUAGAUUUUAAUAAUUCUAGUAUUAAAUAAUAAAUAAUAGUAGCAACAUGAGUUAAUAGCUGACGGCCUGAUUCCAAGGGGAAAUUAAUUUUAAAGGGGAAGGAGGGUAAAAGUACAAAAAACAUACUCGUUAUAGCAAAGGGAAGUCAUCUUAUAGAUUUCAACAGAAACUGAACAAAAUGAGGAUGUACAGAAAAACAACAAAAAACUAAUUCAAAGUGGUGUUCCUGAGUCAUUAAAAAAAGUUAAAAUAAGCUCAGAGAAUUAAAGGUUUUUAUUAAAAUAUUUUUAUUAAAAAGAACUGAACAAAAAUGUUUGGAAACUUAUUGGGUAAGUUCAAUUAGACAGAAAAAUUCCAUGAAGGGAAUUGUUCCUUCCUCUGACAACGCUGGGUAAAUGUACUUGCACUGUGUCACCUGUUGUUAUCCACAUGAGAGAAGUGGCUGAAUUGACUGCAGAUGGAAGCAUCUGAUUUCUUUUUUCUUUUUAGGGUGGCACCCCGCAGCAUGUGGACGUUCCCAGGCUAGAGGUCUAAUCGGAGCUACAGCGGCUGGCCUAUGCUAGAGCCAUAGCAACACCAGAUCCAAGCCACGUCUGCAACCUACACCACAGCUCACGGCAACAUUGGAUCCUUAACCCACUGAGCGAGGCCAGGGAUUGAACCUGCAACCUCAUAGUUCCUAGUUGGAUUCAUUUCUGCUGUGCCAUGAUGGGAACUCCUGAUUUCUUUAUAUUUAGAAUUCCCUCUAUGAAAAGGGUCACAAUUUUAGGAGAUCAUGACCUGAAAAUGGUCCUUCUAAACUUUAAACCCUAACCUCUGAAGGUCAGCAGCGCUUAAUUUGGUACCUAUAAAAUUCAGAGAAAAAACAUGUCAGGAAAGAAGUGUAAACUGUUGUAGAGAAAUGAAUCUGAACAUGGCAGACUACACACGCAUUUCUUCCCCGGAGAGGUGACCAUGGUGAGAGUGGAAAAAAGGGGAAAAUCUAUGAAGAAUUUCUGUCUGACUUUCUGGGCCUCUUCCCCAACUUCCCCCUAUGCUUUCUUAUCUCUAUAGAAAAUACAAUUAAUUCCCCCAAAUAAUCCAAUUUUAACACGAUACAUAUUUAUGUUCCCAAAUUGACUAGGUUUAUAAGGUACACUAUAUGUUGUAUUGUACAUGGUUCUUUUUUUUUUUUUUUUAAAGACUGCACCUGUGGCAUAUGGAAGUUCCCAGGCUAGGGAUCAAAUCAGAGAUGUAGCUUCCAGACUACACCAUAGCCACAGCCAGGCCAGAUCUGGGCCCCAUCCGUGACCUGCGCCACAGCUUGCAGCAACACCAGAUCCUUAACCCACUAGUCAGGUCAGGGAUCGAACCAGCAUCCUUAAGGUCACUAUGUUGGGUUCUUAACACACUGAGCCACCACAGGAACUCCUGUACAUGGUUAUUUUUUUUAUGACAUGGCUUUUACAUGUUUUAAAUUCUGUCAUUUUCUCCUCUUCCCCUGCAGUAUAGUAGGUGAGGAAAAGAAAAUAGAGGAAUAAAUGAUUCCUCUUCCCUUUUUAGAAAGCAAGUUAUUUAAGGUCAGGAACUUUGUCUAUUUUAUUUACUCUUGUAUCCCAGCAGCCUAAAACAAUGCCUGGCAUGUAGCUGGAGCUCCAAUAUUUGUUGAAGGAAUAGUAGGACCUUGAAAAAUUACUAUGAAAAACUUGGAAAUAUAAAGGAAUUGUCUGGAAGCAAACCUAACGUAUUUUAAUAAACCUUUAUUCACUUUAAUUGAAAAGGUUGGAAAUGACAAUAGUUUGCAAAAUUACUUAUGUCAGUAGUUUUAAUGAAGCAGUCUUCUAUUACAUACCUUGUACUGUUUUAGGCCAGAGAAUCCAUUAGUGAACCUUACGUAGGAAACAAGAGGAUAAGCCAAUUUUUAUAACAGGAGUCUAGAGAGGCAGUAGAGUGUGGUGGUUAAAGAGAUGGCCUCUGAAGCCAGACUUUCUGGUUCAAAUCCUGAAUCCACAAGUCAUUAGCUACAUGUUCUUAGGCAAGUUACUGUAUCGUUGCGCCAAAGUAAAAUGCAGAUAACAGCACCUACCUAACAAGGUAGUUGUAAGGAUUGAGUUAACACACGAAACAGUAUGAACUGUAUGUAGCAAGCUCUGUACACAGACUUUUUUUCCUUUAAGGAUUCUUGUAGCCUGUGUCUACUACUCUCCACUAGACUGUGAAACCCCCACGAGAACAGUCUCUCUUUGCACUCCCAUAUGGUGCGCAACAGGUAUUUGUUGAAUGAAUGAAAGUGAGGGUUAAGAAAACCAUGCUAUUUCAACGAAAGCAAGCUAGGAUAAGAAAUGAUGGGGAAAGUGAAUAUUAUUAUCUAUAAAGCUUAUCUCAGAAAGUCAGGUAGAUGGUUAGAAAAGAAUAGUGCAGUCAAUUUUAGGCAUUAAUUUUAGCUACUAAAAAAAGUGAGUUCAAAGUAUCAGUUCCUAGUGAAGGGGUUGUGGACAGCUAGUGAACAGCUACUAAUUCCACCUCAGCAGUUUCCUUCUUCUGUAUAACUGAGCAAUAUUUUCACAGGUAGGUAAUUUCAUCUUGUUAACAGUAGUAUGAAGUCUAGUGUCUUGAGUGUUUGAUCCACAGAGAAGGUGUGUACUUGGUUCUUCUUGCUCUUUGCAACAUUGCAUUUGAAUGAAGGAGGGUGGGAGAUUCCCACUGACUUUUCACAAUGUUACAGUGUGAAGACUCACUGCUAUUCUUUACUUAGAUAUCUGGGCAGUCUGCCAAGAUCCAAAGAAGGAAUGUCUUUGCUCUUGGCAGGGCACUAAUGACCUUCUUGCAGAUGCAGGCUCUGUCUUGUGCAUGUGCUCAGUGUCUCAGUUGUAAAGCUUGAAUUUAAGUGUUCCUUCUGUUAUUCCACAAAAAGACCCAUGUAUUCCUUUUCUACUUUCUAAUUUACAUAUAUUUCUAUAAUAUAAAAGAUAAAACAAUAUUCAGAUUCCUUCAAUUUGUUCUUGCUGUCAUUCCCGUACGAACACAAGCAAAGACUUCGCUCCCCUUUUUUUUUUUUUUAAACUGCUUUUAAUAACUUACAAAAGAUAGCUCUUUUCUAACUCAGUGUUUGUUCAUACACCAUCCCCAGGAGGCAAGGAGAUCUGAGUCCUGCGAGAUUUUGCUGUCAAUUUCAGCAAACUGACAGGUGGAUUCUUUUUCUUGGAAGUAACUGGGGCUUGAGUGACCCUCCAGAGGUGAAGCCUGGCUUGAUCUAAUGUUUGGGGGGGUGGGGAGAAGCAAAGCAAAGCAGGAAUGUAGGCUCAGGAUCUUUCUAUGACCUUGGGAAAAUCAUUUGACCUCACCAGGCUAUGUUUUAAGAUCAGAGGAAAUAAUUUCCAAAUUCCUACCAAUUCUAGAAUCCCAAUAUUCUGAAUUGCAAGGAAUAAAGCCAUUAAUAUAAAUGCUGAUACACAGUUUAGUUUGCAUUUCAGUAUGAACUUUUAUCUUUAUCCAGAAUCUAAGCAACUAAAAAUAAAUUUUGAGAAUGACUUGAUAUGUGUCUGAAAGACACAAUAUGGUAAAAUGGAACGGAUUUGAGAUCCUUGGGGGCAAACUGUUGUGUGACCUUGAGCAAGUCACAUUCUCUUUGGGUUUCAAUAAACUCAAUUUUAAGAGUGUCAAAAUAAUUUUUAAUCCAGUAAUUAUCUGAUAAUAAGUAACUCUGCUUUCUUAUAAGAUUAGGUCAGAAAUCACUGCAACCAUCAUUUAAAUGACUAAUUAUGUUAUUUGACAAAAUAAUCAAGAAACCCAGGUUUAACACUUACUGAGAACUAGCAGCUGUCUCCACUGGUUCCCUUAUAAAGGUGCAGGGAGUAAUCCCCUUGUCUUGAAAACACAUCUCUUCAGGUUCUGGUAAUCUUUCCAUUCCUUCAAAUAUUUCCCUACAUUCCCUACCCACUGUAAUACUUUGAAAUAAUGGAAGAAAAAUUGUCUCAACUAUAAAUUCACGCUUUGAGGAAAUGUCUUUCUUUCUGAUGUCAAAUGCCACCUUCAAGCAGCAUGCACAUUAUUCCUAUGUCAGAGUUCCCUCCCCAACCUCUCUUCCUCCUUUCUGCAGAGACAAGAUACGGAGAUACUGGCCUUCACAUCUUCAUGUCAAGAUGGCUACAUUGUGUAACAUUUAAAAGUAGUGGUUCUAGAAUUCCUAACAUGCAGGUCGGUAAAGAACAUCUGCACUAAUUAUGUGGCUAGGGAUGCCUUCACUGCAACACGUCCUAGUAUUACAAAAGGAGAUGAAUGAGCAGGUUUUAAAUAAUAUUUCAUGAAAUUAGAUGGUGGAACACUUCUCCCAAAAGCAUAGACUGGAAUCCCGAGCCCCGGGAAACUCUACCUUUGCAGUGUGGGCCUCCUGCUUUCAAGGGCUUUGUGACAAAAACUCUUAAAAACACUGUUGGCUUAAGAGGAGAAAAAGAGGUUAGGACCCAACACCCCUUCCCAUAUCAAACCUUAUUAUCCUUAACAAACUCCAUAUCGUGCUCUGGAGAAAAUUCGUAGCCUCGUUGUUUUGUACCCCAACAUGAAGCAAGACUGAGAUCGCGCCUCUCCAAGGACAGCGAUUUCUCCAGAGUCCUUCUAGGAGCCCCCAGCUAGAAAUCAAUCCCUUCCCAAUUACGGGGCCACUGUGACAGUCCCCAGAUGAGUAGAUGCUUUCCACAGGGUGCGAGAGGCAAUGUCUUGCAGAGCCUUCCUCCAGAAAUCCUUCAAGUGCGAGAAACACCACAUUCGGGCUCGAAGCUCGGAGGUGGGCAGGAUGCAGGGACCCACACUCACCAUAAUCAGGAAUUUAGCGUACACUUUCAACACCUGCAAAAUGAGCCACACGGAGUCGGAUCACCUGCAUCGCGGAACCGACUAGGAAAGGUCAAGUGGUGUUAGAAAGUUAGCGCAGCUCCAGACCGCGGAGCCCUCUGGGAACUGUAGUUUACACUGCCCGGAUUCAGGCGCAAUCUCCAACGCAUUUUCUUCAAGUGUUGAACUACACUUCCCGCGGUCGGAGGGUCUUCUCAUUCCCUUCUCCUUGCGCUCUUAGCCGAUUGCAAAGUAGUCCUAGAGGGCGAGCCGCUGUGAUUGGAGGAGGCGACAAGCGGGCUUGGGAGGAAAGGACCUGUGGUGGGCGCCCGGCAAUUGGCUGGAAGGGAGGCGCGCGCAACUCGAGGGAGGAGAGCCUGAUCCCUUAGCAACAUCAGCCACUGGUGCGCUGCUGAGACUUUAUCCUCCCCUGAGAGUAAAAGUGGGAGGUAAAGAGACUUUCCGCUGCGUAAAGCCGGCUCGACCCGGAAACAAAAUCUUUUAAAAAACUAUUGACACUGCAGGGCGGGAGGAAUUGAUGGGUCGCGAAGCCAGGGCGGCUUUGCAGGUUGCUAAGCGACGAGAUUGGAGAAAGAUCGCAAGCACAAGCGGCUAGGGAGUAAUUGAGGAAACCGUGGCGCCUCAGCUCCGAGACGGAGGGGACAGAGCGCGCCGGGUCCUCCCCAAUCCCUUCUCCUAGCCAGUGGACCCUCGCCCCGGUAGUGUCUGGUGACGAAGUGAGGGGUUUGUGAGGACGCCCCUCAGAGGCUGUCGAAGGCCGCGCAUCUUCCACACUCCGGAGGCAGGACAGAGAUUCCUUCUGCAAUCAGAUGUCUUUCUGCCUGACUGAACUGCACCUGUGGUCUUUGAAGAAUACCUUACACAUUGGGGAUAGGGAUAUUGGGAUUUAUCAGUAUUAUGACAAGAAGGAGCCACCAGAGCGUGGUAACUUAGAAGAAAAGCAGAAGCUGGCAGAGUCACGAGAUUUUCCAUGGACGCUCAAAAACAGACGCCCAGAAAAACUUCGAGACUCACUCAAGGAGUUGGAGGAGCUGAUGCAAAACAGUCAGUGUGUGCUGAGCAAAUGGAAGAGCAAAUAUGUCUGUCAGCUCCUUUUUGGUUCAGGUGUACUGGUGUCCCUAAGCCUUUCCGGGCCACAGCUGGAGAAAGUGGUGAUUGACAGAAGCCUGGUGGGGAAGCUCAUCUCAGACACCAUCAGUGAUGCUCUUUUCACAGACAGCUUUAUCAUCUUAUCAUUUUUGGCACAAAACAAACUCUGUUUUAUUCAGUUUACCAAGAAGGUGGGUUCUCCUGAUAUAAACAAAAGACUGGAAAAACUCUCAGCCUUGGAUUAUAAGAUUUCCUAUUAUGAAAUACCUGGCCCAGUAAAUAGGACAACACAGCGUCAUCUAGCUAUCAAUUGUGUUCAGGAUAGAGUUGUUUGCUGGUGGCCACUGGUCAGUGAUGAUGCUUGGCCUUGGGCCCCCGUUUCUUCUGAGAAGGACAGAGCCAAUCUGCUGCUCCUGGGUUAUGCUCAGGGAAGACUGGAGGUUCUGAGUUCUGUCCGCACAGAAUGGGAUCCUCUGGAUGUUUGCUUUGGCACCAAGCAGCCUUACCAGGUGUUGACAGUGGAAUGCUCCAGCAGUGUAGACAAAGAGCCUAUGGCUGACAGCUGCAUCUAUGAAUGUGUUCGGAAUAAAAUCCAGUGUGUAUCAGUCACCAGAAUACCACUAAGAUCGAAGGCCAUUAGCUGUUGCAGGAAUGUUACUGAAGACAAACUGGUUUUAGGCUGUGAAGAUUCUUCAGUAAUUCUUUAUGAAACUCACCGUAGAGUGACUUUCUUAGCUCAGGCUGAACUUCUACCUUCGUUAAUGAGCUGCCACCCAAGUGGUGCCAUUCUGCUAGUUGGCAGUAACCAAGGGGAGCUACAAAUUUUUGAUAUGGCUCUUUCUCCUAUUAGCAUCCAGCUUUUGGCUGAAGACCGCUCACCUAAGGAGACUCUGCAGUUUAAAAAAUUCUUUGAUGUUUCUAGCAGUCUUGUUCAAAUGCAGUGGAUAGCUCCACAGGUUGUUUCUAAGAAGCCCGAAAGUGGGAACAUCUAUAAUCUUCUCUUCCUCAGGUUUGACAGAGGACCUUUAGGUGUGCUUUUGUUUAAACUUGGUAUCUUCACACAAGGACAGCUGGGCCUGCUAGACGUUAUCUUCCAGUACAUUCACUGUGAUGAGAUCUGUGAGGCAAUAAACAUCCUGAGUAGUAUGAACUGGGACAUUCUGGGCUACCAGUGCUUUAUCAGCAUGAGUGCCAUCAUAAACCAUCUUCUUAGACAAAAGCUCACUCCAGAAAGAGAAGCACAGCUUGAGGCAAGCCUUGGAACCUUCUAUGCUCCAACAAGACCACUCCUGGAUACAACUAUAUUGGAAUAUAGAGACCAGGUCAGCAAAUAUGCAAGGAGAUUCUUCCACCACUUGCUCAGGUAUCAGAGAUUUGAAAAGGCAUUUCUGUUAGCUGUUGACAUUGGUGCUCGUGACCUGUUUAUGGACAUCCAUUACCUUGCACUAGACAAGGGUGAAUUGGCACUAGCUGAAGUGGCAAGAAAGAGAGCUAGUGACAUUGAUGCAGAAUCAAUAACAUCUGGAGUUGAAAACUGGGGUGACUCCUGCUUAUAAUACUGAGCAGACAGAAAAAAAGAAUCAGCAAACUUUAAGAUACAUUUGGAAUUAUUGAAUCUGAGGAGCAAAAGGAAAAGAGAUUAAAUGAAAAGGGCCUAAUGGACUUAUAGGACACCAUCAAGCAUACCAACGCAUUAUGGGAGUCGCAGAACAAACAAGAAAGAGGCAGAGAGAUUAUUUGAAGAAAUAAUGACCAGAAACUUUCCAAAUUUGAGGAAAUACAUGGAUCUACAAAUCCAAGCUCAAUAACCUCUGAGUACAAUCAACCAAAAGAAACCUACCCUAGGAUGAAGUAUAAUCAAAUUAGCAAAAGUUAGGAGAAUCUUGAAAGCAGCAAGAGAAAAUCAACUUGUCAUAUACAAGGUAUCCACAAUAAUAUUAUCAGUUUCUAGUAUAAACCUUUGAUGCCUGAGGCAGUAAAAUGACAUAUUUAAACUGCUGGAAAAAAAUAUGUCAAUGGAGAAUUCUAUAUAAGCAAAAAAAUUCCCUCAAAAAAUGAAGCAGAAAUUAAGACAUACUUAGAUAAAUAAAAGCUGAGGGUAUUCAAUACCACAAGACUGUCACUAAAAAAAUGUUGAAUGGAGUUCUACAGGUUGAAAUGAAAGGAUCCUAGAUAGUAACUCAAACCCAUAUCAUGAAUGUAAGAAUAUCCAGUAAAGAUAAAUCAUGGAUAAAUAUAAAAAAUGAUUAUAAUUUUUCACUCUACCUUUUAUUUUCAAAAGAAAUUAAAAGUCAAAUUCAUACAAAAUAAUUCUAAAUCUUUUAAUUGGUACACAAUAUAUAAGGACAUAAUUUGUGACAUCAAUUAGAUAAAGGUGAGGGACAGGAACAGUGCUGUACAGGAGCAGAAGGUUUGUAUGUGAUUGAGUUAACCUGGUAUCCAUUACAAUUAUAUUAUUAUAAUUUAGGAUUUUAUAUGUAAUCCCCAUAGUAACUACAAAGAAAAUAACUACAGAAUAUACACAAAAGAAAUAAAAACAUUUCACUACAAAAUAUCAACUAAACACAAAAGGAGACAUUAAUGGUGAAUAUUGGGGAGAGGUUAUAAUGGGGGAAAAGGCUGUAAGAUACAUAGAAAUUAAAUAAUAAAAUGAUAAAAGUCCUUCCAUAAGUAGUUAUUUUAAAUGUAAUGAAAUAGAGAUGCUUCUGGAUCAUGAUGGAGAAAGCUCCCAACUCUGGGUGUGUGAUCUUGAAAGCCAAGAGCUAGAGUGACCCAGCAAAGGGUGGCAGCCACUGGGACCAUGGCCACCACAGCCAUGGGCAAGCUCCUGGCCCUGCUACUGUCUGGGCUCAUGGCACCUGCCACAACACUACAUUGCAUAACUUUCUUUUUAAAAAACUCAGCUCUCAUUUCAGAAACGUAUACAGAAAGUGGGGAUCAAGAUGUCAGAGGCGUAGGACAUGGAGCUUACCUUCUCCCACAAAAACAUUAAAAAUACAUCUAUAAGUGAAAUGAUUCAGAGAGGACAUCUACUGAACAUUAGCAGAAGACCUCAAACUUCUGAAAAGAUUAAAAAAAAAAAAA